UUGGUAGUCAGAAGGCUUGGAAGGGGAACCGUAUACUUUAUACCGUAUACGAAUAUACAUACAUCAAUUUUCAUCAUUUAGAGAUAAAAACAUUGAAAGUUGUUUUUUGUUGGAAUGAUUUGAGGUAGAAUAUAGUAGCUACAAUUUCCAACAUUAUUAGCAUCCUUGAAAUCAAAAUUUCAGAUUUGACCUUAUAAUCGAUAAAAACAAAUUAUCAUCAAAGUACGCAAAAAACAAAAACACAACACAACAGUCAUCAGAAAGAAAUCAUGGAUUUGGUGGAUCACAAUCCCUAUGGGAAUGGGCUGCAAUAUGUAGGAUUUAAUCAAGAUCAAGGGUGUUUCGCUUGUGCUACGGAUUCGGGAUUUCGAGUAUUCAACAGUGACCCCUUAAAGGAAAAGGAACGACAGUAUUAUCCCGAAGGAGGUCUUAGUUAUGUUGAGAUGCUGUUUCGCUGCAAUUACUUAGCUGUUGUUGGUGGUGGAAUACGUCCAUUGUAUCCCCCAAAUAAACUCAUUAUCUGGGAUGACCUCAAGAAAGCUCCAGCCAUAUCCCUAGACUUUAAUCAACCUGUUAAAGCUGUUCGCUUAAGGCGGGACCGCAUUGUUGUUGUGUUUGCAGGUUUUAUAAAGGUUUUUACUUUUACCCAGCAGCCCAGGCAAUUGCACGUUUUUGAGACAAAUUCGAAUCCCCAUGGACUGUGUGUUUUGUGUCCGCAUAGCAAUAAAAGUUUGUUGGCAUUCCCAGCCCGUCGUACCGGGCAUGUACAGAUUGUCGAUUUGGGCAAUACAGAAAGGGCGGCAUUGGAGAUUGUGGCGCAUGAAGCAAACAUUUGCUGUAUCGCUUUCAACCUACAAGGAACACGAUUGGCUACAGCCAGUGAAAAGGGCACAUUAAUACGCAUAUUUGACACAGAAACCGGAAAAAAGGUCAAUGAACUACGACGUGGCAGCAAUCAGGCCACAAUAUAUUGCAUUAAUUUCAAUCAUGCCUCAACAAUGUUGGUGGUAUCAUCGGAUCACGGAACCAUACAUGUGUUCAACUUGGAUGAUACCAAACCAAAGGAAUCGUCUCUACCGAUUGUUCCCAAGUACUUUUCGAGCCAAUGGAGCUUUGUAAAAUUUUCCAUACCAAAAGAACCACCCUGUAUUUGCGCUUUUGGCUCGGAUUCAAAUUCUGUUAUAGCUAUAUGUGCCGAUGGUCAUUAUUACAAAUUCCUGUUCAAUAGCAAAGGCGAAUGUAGUCGCGAUGUUUGUACUCAGUUCUUGGAAUUACAAGAUGACGAUUAAAUCUACUCCGCAUAUGUUUCCUUUGAAAAAUGCCUUUGCGUUCUAAAUAUUCUCCUAUGAUUUUGUGAUGUCGCUUAAGUCUUCUGUUUAUUGACGUUUCCCACGAACGGCGAACAUACGUAUAAUUCCAUACUAAGAAUUAUUAGAAUUAUAACAACUUCAAGCGAAAGCACUUUUUAUAUUUAAGAUAUCGAUUAAUGUUCUAAUGAUGAGAAAAGAUCAUCAAUGUUGAAAAUUCGCUUUAUAUUGAAAAGUAAAAUAUAUAAAAUAUACACCCAUAUUAAUUAGAAAUCUAAAA